AGCUGAUGGACACUGAAAAGGGGUGAAAAGUCGUGGCACGUUGCGCAAUAACGUGGAGAAGGACGAAGCCUGCAUAUGCAUCAGCGCCACCGAGUUUUAAUUGCCCUGACAAACGUAUCGGAUCUGUUUCCUCCCGUGCGCGCCGCGGGGUAGUUAACCAACACCUAAAGCGCCAUCUUCCAUAGGUACUGCUUGACAGCCUUCCCCCGCCCUGUUGCGCCAUAAUCCUUCAACGAUCUUGGAAAAUGGCAACCAAUGUCUUAGGAGACGAUCAUCAGCCCUCGAUGGAUGCCUGGUCUCAGCUCAACGAGUCCUGGACGACUAAGGUCCCACCAAAAUGGAACAGCUAUUUCUGCAAGACGGUUUAUGUGAUUGCGGGAAAAGGCUCGACGCAGAUAGCGUUCCCGAUGCGAAAGAUCGUUCUCGAACAAUCACCGGUCAUCAAAACCUCGUUCUGGCAUCCAUACACACUCCCUCCCGACAUCAUUAAGCGUGGUGAGAACAUGUACUUUGAAUCUUACAGCCCCGACGUCGUCAAGGGAAUCUUUUUCUGUCUUCUGAGCCGAGACGAAGGCAUUUCGGACCUGCUUCCGCGCGGUCCGUUGUUCUGGCGAGAAAUCUCCGACCCCACAUAUUUUGUGAGAUUCUACUUUCUGGCCGCGUCUCUAGGAUAAGUUUUCUCUACAUAUGACGAAUUCUAUCUCAUCGUCUUAAAUUCUAGGAUGGAUUGGGCAUGUGAAUCAGCCCUUCGAGCCCUUGAA